AUGGAGUCCUCUCCCCCUCCGGGAGACCCAUUUAAGGACCAUCUACUAGCGGUCCUUAGUCUAUACGACGCCCCCGCCCAAGCUUCUAUCCCCGUUCCCCGCUAUCAUGGCCCACGAGAUUGGCAAACCGAUGCCAUUCUCCGCAAAGUCGAAGCUUUGCUUGGAGCUAGGAAGACUUCAUCCUCCACGAAACCACCUUUAGUGAACGGGACAAACUCUUCACUACGCCGCCCAGGGACCCCCACGCUUGGCAGCCUCCCCCCACCAGACGACUUUGCCCUAAACCGCGCUCGCCCCGGCUCACCCGACUCAGAGUCCUCCUACAAUACCGCCCUCGAAGACUCCAUUCACCUUAACGGUGACUCCUCGUCAUCGUCCGACACCGAAAACACCCAGCCACGACGGGCCCCAGUCGAAGGCAUUUCCUUUACCUCCUACGCCGACUUCGCAUCCAACCACGGAGGCAUUCCUCGCGCUCCAUACGAUCCUGAUUUCACCUCAACACCACCAUUGGCCGCUCUCCCAACCUGCCCUGCAUGCGGACAUCGUUCUAGGAAUCCAGCAGCGUUUUUCGCUGAGUAUGGGGAAAGUCCAGGCGUCGUCACUGCCGACGGCGCCCUCGCAAGUGCUGUCACGCAAGGUGGAAUGGAUGCUCUAGAAGAACUACGGCUGCUCAAAGACCAAGUUCGUGAUGUUGCUCGUGUCUGCAAGGCUGUGGCAGCAGGCGACCUCAAGCAGAAGAUUAUUGUACCAGUUCAGGGCGAGCUCAUGAUUCAGCUCAAGCAGGUCAUCAACUCUAUGGUCGAUAACUUGAGCGUUUUCGCGACGGAGGUGACGCGCGUCAGUCGAGAUGUUGGGACAGAGGGUAAGCUCGGUGCUCAGGCGCACAUCGACAACGUGGAGGGAACAUGGCGCGAACUCAAGACUGAGGUCAACACGUUAGCCCAAAAUCUGACCACACAGGUCAGGAGUAUCGCCGAAGUCACUACAGCGGUAGCCAACGGGGAUUUGAGCAAGCAAAUCGAUGUUCCCGCUAAAGGCGAAGUCCUCAACCUCAAGAACACGGUCAACGGCAUGGUGCUAAGACUACGAACCCUUGCAGUAGAGGUAACACGGGUUACGCUCGAGGUCGGAAACCAAGGCAAGCUAGGUGGCUAUGCCAAUGUUCCCGACGUUGAGGGUGUGUGGUCCGAGUUGGUUACAAAUGUCAAUCGCAUGUGUACGUCCCUCACGGACCAAGUACGAAGUAUUGCGACUGUGACAACGGCCGUGGCAGAGGGAGACCUUACGCAGAAGGUCACAAUUCAGGCGGCGGGCGAAAUUAGCACACUCAAGGAUACAGUCAAUCGAAUGGUGGACCAACUUAGUGCUUUCGCGUCUGAGGUCACCCGAGUAGCGUUGGAGGUCGGCACGGAAGGGAAGUUGGGUGGACAAGCCCAAGUUCUCGGUGUUUUGGGAACGUGGAAGGAUCUGACCGACAACGUCAAUAAAAUGGCGUCCAAUCUUACUGGUCAAGUACGUUCGAUAUCGGAGGUGACCAAGGCAGUUGCAAAUGGAGACCUGAGCAAAGCGAUGGAGGUUGACGUGAGUGGAGAGAUGCUCGACUUGAAGGUGACCAUCAACGAAAUGGUGGAGAGAUUGGGCCGAUUCUCGAGAGAGGUUACGCGUGUGGCUCUCGAAGUCGGCACGGAGGGCAAGUUAGGAGGACAGGCGGAAGUCGAAGGUGUGCAGGGCACCUGGAAAGAUCUUACCGACAACGUUAAUAAAAUGGCCUCUAAUCUCACACUACAAGUGCGCUCUAUAUCGGAAGUGACGACUGCUGUUGCGUAUGGAGACCUGACCAAGGCCAUCGACGUUGAUGUUCGUGGAGAAAUGCUGGACCUGAAGAUUACAAUCAACGAGAUGGUCAAUCAACUGGGGCAUUUCUCGCGGGAGGUGACACGAGUGGCUCUCGAGGUCGGAACAGAGGGCAAGUUGGGAGGCCAGGCGGAGGUCGAGGGAGUCCAAGGGACAUGGAAAGAUUUGACCGACAACGUGAACAAAAUGGCAUCAAAUCUAACAUCGCAGGUCCGCUCGAUAUCCAAGGUCACCAAAGCGGUCGCGUAUGGCGACUUGACCAAAGAGAUUGACGUGGAUGUUCGCGGAGAGAUGCUGGACCUGAAAGUCACGAUCAACGAAAUGGUGGAACGACUGGGUCGAUUUUCACGAGAGGUGACGAGAGUCGCAUUGGAGGUCGGCACGGAGGGAAAGCUAGGGGGUCAAGCCGAAGUCGAGGGCGUGCAAGGGACAUGGAAGGAUCUAACCGAUAAUGUCAACAAGAUGGCUUCCAACUUAACGCUGCAAGUGCGAUCUAUCUCCGAGGUCACCAAGGCGGUCGCAACUGGAGACUUGACGAAGGCCAUUGAUGUCGACGUGCGAGGAGAAAUGUUGGAUCUCAAAGUGACUAUCAACGAAAUGGUGGGACGCUUGGGGCGAUUCUCUCGUGAGGUCACCAGAGUAGCGUUGGAGGUCGGUACCGAGGGGAAGCUUGGAGGGCAGGCCGAGGUUGAGGGUGUACAAGGAACAUGGAAAGACUUGACCAAUAACGUCAACAAAAUGGCUUCCAAUCUGACAUCACAAGUCCGUUCAAUCUCCGAGGUCACUAAAGCCGUCGCGUUUGGUGACCUGCACAAGACGAUUGAUGUCGACGUUCGAGGAGAAAUGCUUGACCUGAAGGUCACCAUAAACGAGAUGGUUACGCGUCUCGGCAACUUCUCUCGUGAAGUCACCCGUGUUGCACUCGAGGUGGGCACUGACGGAAAACUCGGUGGCCAAGCAGAGGUCGAAGGUGUCCAGGGCACUUGGCGAGACUUGACCGACAAUGUCAAUAAGAUGGCAUCAAAUCUGACCAACCAAGUCAGGACGAUAUCCAAGGUCACCAAAGCUGUUGCUUUGGGUGAUCUCACGCAAACGGUUGAUGUUGAUGUUCAAGGAGAGAUGCUUGAUCUCAAAAUCACGAUCAAUGACAUGGUCUCGCAAUUACAGACCUUCUCUAGCGAGGUAACGCGAGUGGCGCUUGAGGUCGGUACCGAGGGAAAACUUGGCGGGCAAGCCACUGUCGAGGGAGUUCAAGGCACCUGGAAAGAUCUCACCGAUAAUGUCAACAAAAUGGCCUCUAACUUGACUUCACAAGUACGAUCCAUCUCCAAAGUCACGAAAGCCGUCGCCUACGGAGAUUUGACAAAAGAAAUCGAUGUCGAUGUGCGCGGAGAAAUGCUUGAUCUGAAGGUUACCAUCAACGAGAUGGUGGAGCGCUUGGGUACAUUCUCCAACGAGGUAACCAAGCUUGCUUUGGAUGUUGGAACAUAUGGCAAACUUGGUGGACAAGCCAAAGUCGAGGGUGUACAAGGCACGUGGAAAGAUCUCACCGAUAAUGUUAACAAAAUGGCCUCCAAUUUGACGUUACAAGUGCGGUCCAUUUCGGAAGUUACCAAAGCUGUCGCCUUUGGCGAUCUGAGCCAAACCAUCGAUGUCAACGUUAGCGGCGAAAUGCUUGAUCUCACUGUGACGAUCAACGAGAUGGUGGAACGUUUGCAGACCUUCUCGAGUGAGGUUACGCGUGUUGCUCUCGAAGUCGGAACUGAAGGGAAACUCGGGGGACAAGCAAAAGUCGAGGGCGUUCAGGGAACCUGGAAGGACUUAACAGAUAAUGUCAACAAAAUGGCCUCCAACCUCACCCUCCAAGUUCGCUCCAUCUCAGAAGUGACCAAAGCUGUCGCACACGGCAACCUCCACAAGACCAUUGAUGUCGACGUUGCAGGCGAAAUGUUGGAUCUGAAGGUGACCAUCAACGAAAUGGUGGAACGACUGGGCAACUUCUCGAGCGAGGUUACCAAGCUUGCAUUGGACGUCGGAACCUAUGGGAAGCUUGGUGGUCAGGCCCAAGUCGAGGGUGCCCAAGGUACCUGGAAGGAUUUGACGGAUAAUGUCAACAAAAUGGCGUCAAAUCUAACCCUUCAAGUCCGUGGCAUCUCUCUCGUCACCAAGGCAGUUGCGUUGGGAGACCUGACCAACAAAAUCGAAGUGGAUGUCAGUGGCGAAAUGCUCGACCUCAAGGUCACCAUCAAUGAGAUGGUGGAACGUCUGCAGAACUUCUCGAGUGAGGUUACACGUGUCGCGCUCGAUGUCGGCACCGAAGGGAAGCUCGGAGGGCAAGCCAAGGUGGAAGGAGUUCAAGGAACGUGGAAGGAUCUCACCACAAACGUCAAUAAAAUGGCCUCCAAUCUGACAAAUCAAGUCCGUACCAUCUCCAAAGUUACCAAAGCCGUCGCAUUAGGUGACCUCACGCAAACCGUCGACGUCGAUGUCAAGGGAGAAAUGCUAGACCUCAAGAUCACAAUAAACGACAUGGUGGCCCAGCUCGGCAUAUUUGCUAGUGAAGUCACUCGUGUCGCGUUGGAGGUAGGCACAGAUGGAAAGCUCGGGGGACAAGCCAGAGUGGAUGGGGUGCAAGGAACCUGGAAAGACCUCACCGAUAACGUCAAUAAAAUGGCUUCCAAUCUAACGCUUCAAGUUCGAUCCAUUUCUGAAGUUACUACUGCCGUUGCCCGGGGAGACUUGACGCAAAAGGUCGAAAUCGAUGUCAAGGGCGAAAUGCUAGACUUAAAAUCGACGAUCAAUGACAUGGUGGCACAACUGGGCAUAUUUGCUAGCGAAGUCACUCGUGUUGCGUUGGAAGUGGGCACAGACGGGAAGCUGGGUGGACAAGCCAAAGUCGAAGGUGUCCAGGGAACAUGGAAGGAUCUGACGACCAAUGUGAACAACAUGGCUUCAAAUCUUACCAACCAAGUGCGCACGAUCUCCAAUGUCACUAAAGCAGUCGCUCUGGGAGAUCUUACCCAAACUGUUGACGUUGAUGUUAAAGGCGAGAUGCUCGACCUCAAGAUCACGAUAAAUGACAUGGUGGCCCAACUGGGUAUCUUUGCGAGCGAGGUCACACGUGUCGCGCUGGAAGUUGGGACCGAUGGAAGACUUGGAGGACAGGCUAUGGUGGAUGGUGUUCAGGGAACAUGGAAAGAUCUCACCAACAAUGUCAAUAAAAUGGCCUCCAAUUUGACGCUCCAAGUUCGGUCCAUCUCGGAGGUCACCACCGCUGUAGCCCGAGGCGAUCUUACCCAAAAGGUUGAAAUCGAUGUCAAGGGUGAAAUGCUUGAUCUGAAAUCGACUAUCAACGACAUGGUCUCGCAAUUGAGCAUUUUUGCAAGUGAAGUCACCCGAGUCGCCCUCGAGGUCGGUACUGAGGGCAAACUCGGUGGUCAAGCACAAGUCGAAGGAGUUCAGGGGUCUUGGAAGAUCGUCACCGACAACGUCAACAGGAUGGCCGACAAUCUUACUACGCAAGUGCGAUCUAUUGCGGAAGUGACGAAAGCGGUUGCUAUGGGCGACCUAACGAAGCAAGUCAGCAUUGACGCCAGCGGCGAGAUAUUGGCCUUGAAGAACACCGUGAACGCUAUGACAGAGUCACUCAGUCAAUUUGCAGCGGAGGUUACACGAGUGGCACGAGAAGUCGGCACCGAAGGGAAACUCGGUGGUCAAGCUACAGUCGAAGGUGUCCAAGGAACCUGGAAAGAUCUCACUGACAACGUCAACGUCAUGGCAAACAACCUGACCCUCCAAGUUCGAACCAUAUCCGAUGCAACGAAAGCGGUUGCUCGCGGUGAUUUGACCAAGAAGAUCGUAGAUCUUCCUGUCGUUGUGUCCGGAGAGAUUCUCAGUCUUGUCAACACCAUCAACGACAUGAUCGACCAGCUAGAUAUCUUCGCCAGUGAAGUCAAGAAAGUCGCUCUGGAAGUGGGGACCAAAGGCAAUAUGGGUGUCCAGGCAGAGGUCGGCGCUGUCCAAGGCAUCUGGCUUGAGAUCACUGUGUCCGUCAACACAAUGGCCAGCAGCUUGACAACUCAAGUUCGUGGUUUCGCCCAAAUUUCCAAGGCAGCGUCGGAUGGCGACUUCACUUCCUUCAUUACUGUCGAGGCAAGUGGCGAGAUGGACGAACUCAAGUCGCGAAUCAAUCAAAUGUUAUACGAUCUACGAGACAGUAUCCAGAAGAAUACAGCAGCCAGGGAGGCGGCGGAACUUGCUAACAGGACAAAGAGUGAAUUCCUGGCGAACAUGAGCCAUGAGAUUCGAACACCCAUGAAUGGCAUUAUUGGCAUGACGGAGCUUACGCUCGAUAGUGAUCUCACCCGCAGUCAACGCGAAAGUCUGUUGCUUGUCCACAGUCUGGCCCGAAGCUUGCUGCUCAUCAUAGACGACGUGUUGGAUAUCUCAAAGAUCGAGGCUGGUCGUAUGACUAUAGAAGCCGUUCCCUACUCCCUACGACAAACGGUCCUUGAUAUUCUGAAAGCCUUGGUCGGAAGGGCGACUCAGAAAGGGCUGGACCUUAUUCUCGAUAUCGACUACGAGAUCCCCGAUGCUUUGAUUGGUGAUCCACUCAGGUUGCGACAAGUCAUCACAAAUCUCGUUGGGAAUGCCAUCAAGUUCACUCGAGUUGGCUAUGUUGCUCUCAAUAUCCAUCUCGUUGCGUCCGAUCCAGAUAACGCGACAUUACAAUUUUGUGUUGUGGACACCGGCAUCGGAAUCGCCCAUGACAAGCUCAAGGUCAUCUUCGAUACCUUCUGCCAAGCAGAUGGCUCGACGACUAGGGAAUAUGGCGGCACUGGUCUCGGACUGUCAAUAUCGAAACGACUGACUUCUCUCAUGCAAGGCGACAUCUGGGUGGAAAGCGAGCUAGGCAAAGGCAGCAAGUUCUACUUCACGAUCAGCUGUCCUCUGAACGAGCAAGAGGCCAUGGACACGACACUGCUCAAAUUAACGCCAUUUACGAAACGGACCAUUCUUUUCGUCGAUACCUUGCACGACACCACAGGCGUCAAGGACAGGAUUGAAGAGAUUGGUCUUGUUCCUCUUGUCGUGCACUCUGUCAGCGACGUUGCAAGCAAGGAGAAGUGUCCGGAUAUCGAUGCCAUCAUCGUCGACUCUAUGCCUGGAACUGAAAGCCUCCGGGAACAUGAUCAUCUACGAUACAUUCCUAUUGCUCUUGUCGCUCCGACAAUGCCUCGUCUGAACAUGAAAUGGUGUCUAGAGAAUGGCAUUAGCGCCCACAACACGACGCCCGUGUCGGCUCUCGAUCUUGCUUCUGUCUUGCUGUCGGCUUUGGAGAACAACACUGUCAGUCUGAAUCGCGCGAGUGAAGCCAGCAAUGUCACGUACGACAUCCUCCUGGCAGAGGACAAUCUUGUGAACCAGAAGCUGGCAAUGAAGAUUCUGGAGAUGUACGGGCAUUCAAUAGAGCUGGCAGAGAACGGCAGUCUUGCUGUCCAUGCGUUCAUUGAGCGGGCCUUACAGAACAAGCCAUUUGACAUCAUCUUGAUGGAUGUGUCGAUGCCACUUAUGAGCGGAAUGGAGGCCACUCAACGGAUAAGGCAGUAUGAGAUUCAGUACAAUCUGACGCCGACCCCAAUCAUUGCCUUGACGGCGCAUGCUAUGAUUGGUGAUCGCGAGCGGUGUUUACAGGCUGGUAUGAAUGACCACAUAACCAAGCCUCUUCGUCGUGUGGACCUGCUGAACACCAUCAAACGGCUAACCGCGGAAUCUGGUAUUCGGCGGCCGUUGUUGCGCAAACGGGCUAUCAAGUACCCCGACUACAUGCCUGAACACCUUGCUCCAUGA